AUGGCCAAGGUUAGCAACACCGUCGCGUCGUCCCGGCGCAAGAGCCGCGCGGCCUACUUCAAUGCCCCCUCGAGCCAGCGCCGCGUCAACAUGAGCGCUCCCCUCAGCAAGGAGCUGCGUGAGAAGUACAACGUCCGCAGCAUCCCCAUCCGCAAAGACGACGAGGUCACAAUUGUCCGCGGCUCCAACAAGGGCCGCGAAGGCAAGGUCACCUCCGUCUACCGCCUCAAAUACGUCAUCCACGUCGAGCGCGUCACCCGCGACAAGGCCUCAGGCCAGAGCGUGCCCCUGGGCCUCCACCCCUCCAACGUCGUCAUCACCAAGCUCAAGCUCGACAAGGACCGCGAGGAUAUCCUGGCCCGCUCCAAGGUCGGCCGCGAGCUGCGCGCCAAGAACAAGGUCACCGCCUAA